ACAGCCUGUUACUUGAACAACUUCAAAGAGAAAGGCUAUGGCUCUGAGCGAAAGCUGGUAACAAAUGCUUGUGGGUUUCAAGUAGAGGUGGUGGCAAACGGGAAGUACUGGCCAAGCUUUACAGAAGCUCAGAACUGCCUCUCUUGUGCCCCUGUUACAUCAUCUCUGUUAUAUUUCCCCUGUACUAGUGUGGGGAAGUCAUUUCUGCUUUCUCCAGAGAUACCUGUCUUAGUCCUCUUUAUAGACCACAGUGUGUGUCGGGAGCCUGGAAAGGAGACUGAGACCAUGCGCAUCAUCAGAGGGACACGAAUGCAGAAGUGAAGGAGCGGCUUGGUCCUCCACUUCUUUGGGCAGAAGGUGCUGAGUGUUCUUUGCUUUCUCAGAUGCCUCUGUGUGACACUGGCUGCAGACCCGUGGAAGUAGCUCCUGAGUUUGAUGGCUCAGGGAACUUGGUUCCAGCUGUGAGGCACUGGCCAUCAGGGGCUCUUCCUAGGACUUGCUACCAUUUCCAAUACCUCUUCCUAGAAAACACACUCACUCACUGGUGGUUGGAUCAGAAAGGAUCUCUGUUGGCAAGGAGCCAAGCCAGCCCUGAAGACCAUGAACUCGUCUUCUGAGCAUUGCAAUGUAUCUGACUGGAUGAGACUAGAGGCAACCGUGAAGGCCUCUGUGUACUUGGUGGCUUUCUCUUUCACCACAUCUCUCACAGUUGUCAUUAUCGCAAUAGUGUCACAGAGUCUGCAGCUGAGGAAAGAGGUGCGGCUGGUCCUCCUCUGCCAUCACCUGCUUUGUAUCUCCUCCUACUGUGGCCUGGGGGUCGUCUUCCAAGGAAUGCGGGCCUUACUGGCCAACAGCCCCCUCCUGCUGUGUUGGCUGGUAUUUGGGGCGCAGCUAAGUGUGGGAGAAUGGAUCCUCCUUACUCUGACCUUGAUGGCUCUCAAUACUUACCUUGCUAUUUGUUAUCCAUUGAACUCUCCAUCCUUUGUGGAUUCUGCUAAGUACAGGAUUCUAGCUGGGACUUGGACCACGGUUAUACUCAAGAAUGUUGGCUUAUUCCUCAUAGAGGGUACUAGUCCUACUCCGGCCUCUGUUUUCCAGUCUGCCCCGCUCUGUCCUGUGAUUUUGAAUGGUAUGCCUGCCAGAGUCAUUGGCAUGUUUUCCCUUGCCUUUCUUUUAUCCGUCAUUCUUGUGAGUUACUGUCUGAUAUACCGAGAAGGGAAGCGGGCUGGCCAUUUUAACAAGUCAAACAUCAAGGCCCGGAGAACUGUCCUUGUUCAUCUACUGCAGAUAAGCUUACAUGUGAUACCUACCCUGAUAAUCAUAGGUUUGGGAAAGCAGUGUGGGGUGUUUUUCUUUGCUCUAAAUCUGGCCCUUUUUGGUAUAUUUGCUUUUGCACAGUGAUUCAACCCUUUGGUCUAUGGGCUCCACAACAGAGAUCUGCAGAGCAAACUGUACCCUUGUCUGUCCUGUCGGAAGAAGCUGCUGCCUUAAAAAAGAAGGGGCUGGCUUAAACAAAAAUUCAGCUCUUUGGAAUAACUCCAGACUUAAUGGGUGUGCUAGCUAGGGCUGGGGACUUGAUCUGUGCAAACUGUUGCCUUGAUUUGGUUUUGAAAGCACUGCAGACUUCUCUGCUGUACCUCACUAAGACGAGCUAGUGCUUUUAACUCUAAACCCAGAUGAGCAUUUCUGAUGGCCUGAUCUACUGUAGCCAUAGCACAAAGAACAGGAAUCACGUGGCUAUGAAGUCACUUGAAAGGCUAGAGGAAACAGAAGUCAGGGACCCCAUUGAUUGGUGUGAAAGACAGACCCAGCAACCAUGGACUGUGGAGGUUGCGUGGGCUGAGUAGCUAUAGGCAUUGGACACUCACAUCUUGACAACUUUGUUUGUUAGGAGAAACAGCAACACAAUGUCUUCUGCCUCCUUCCAUCUUCUGUGUGUCAUAAAGAAGCCUGUAAUUGGUGGAACCUAACUGUCCAAUGAGACCCUAAAAGCAAAGGCAUAUGGGAAAUGUAGUUCUUAGUGUUACUUAUUUGGCAGUGUGGGAAGUUACCUCACACAUGGGUUGGAAGGAGCCAACCCAUGGGCCACUCUUACUACACAUAGUUUUAUUUACUAUAUAAUAAUGAUUCAGCGAGGAUAUAUGAUUAAUAUAAUGAUAUCAGCAAUGGCAGGCAUUACAUUCCCCACACUAUGCAAACGAUUUACACUACAUCAUAUCCUCAUAACAAUUUUGUAAUUGUUCUUGAUUUACAAAUGAGAAAAACUGGGGUUGAGAGAAGACUUACACGAGCCUGGGAGGCUUUAAAUCUUGCAAUUGUCAUAACUUUUUUUUGCAUAUUUUUUUGGCACAGAGUAAUCACUUAUCUUAAAAAAUUAAAAAGAAUUUAUAGUUUUAGAUUUUUCAAAUCUUACUUUUAAUAUGGGUUCUUAAAUGUGUUAACCUUCCUUCUAUCCCACCACCCACCAGAGGUAGGAGAAAAGAAGAGUUGUUAGGAUAUGGGGGCAGUGGACCUGUUUAGAAACUGUUCUUUGGAGCAAAUCCCAUUUGUGUUAUCAGGAGAGCAGCAGUUCAUUUACAGGAAUCAUCAGUUGCAGCUUGAUCCAUUUGCAAACACUUCACGAACUAUCAAUCAGUAGUGUUGGGAUAGCAUACAUGUAUCAGCAGUGGAAUGACCUAGCAGAGACAUCCAGGUCUUAGAUGAAUCAGCAUGAAUCAGCAGGAGGAACCAGGACUACCAGGGACAUCAGGAGAAGUUCUUUGCCUUGCCUCUCUCAAAGAAACAAUGAUCACCUAAGACUGGCAACCAAGAAGCCUUCUUUGCAGAGCUAGCUAUGCAAGCAAGCCCCCCUCACAGUCUGUUGAGUCCUAUUUAUACUCCCUCCAAACAUCACGUGUCCUCCAUGGGUCCUACCUCACCACGUGUCUUGCCUCAGUACGUGUGUCUGUAUCAACUGCCAUCAUUCUGCCAAUUGGCUCGAGUCUGCAGAAGUGGCAAAAAGCAUCAGGCACACCACCUUUGAUGUGUCUAUCUCUAUGGAGUCCCUACAAACAAUGACCAAUAAACAAUGGUAAGGCGUACCAAUACCAACCAGCAUCA